AUCUCUGAUUGGCCAUUGAAAGGGGCGUGCGUUGGAUCCGGACGAAGAGAAACAAAGAUGGCGGCAGUUACCAGAGGCUCAUUCACAUUUAUGAGACGCUUGCUCUUGGCACAUCGGUACAAGCGUUGCUGCUCCAGGGUCCAAACUGGCCGACCAGACUACACCCGUCAUCCCCACACUGUCUUCAUCCCUCAGCUGUGCAGCUCUAGGUUUUUCCACACCAGUUAUGUCACAUCAGGACCAAUUCUGCCAUUCAAACUCUCAGAUAUUGGCGAGGGCAUCAUGGAGGUGACAGUGAAGGAAUGGUAUGUGAAGGAAGGAGACAAAGUCUCCCAGUUUGAUAGCAUCUGUGAGGUACAGAGUGACAAGGCAUCUGUCACCAUCACAAGUCGCUAUGACGGUGUCAUUAAAAAGCUCUACUAUGAGGUUGAUGCCACAGCCUUAGUGGGCACACCCCUGGUGGAUAUCGAGACAGAGCCCGGUCCGGAGGUGGUCCAUGAGGAGGAUGUUGUGGAGACCCCGGCGAUGUCAAACGAUGAGCACACACACCAGGAAAUCAAGGGACACAAGACCCAGGCCACUCCUGCAGUCCGUCGUUUAGCCAUGGAGAACAAUAUUAAGCUGAGUGAAGUGGUCGGUACCGGGAGAGACGGACGGAUCCUCAAAGAGGACAUCCUCAACUUCCUGGCCAAACAGACAGGGGCCAUCUUACCCCCGACCCCAUUCCAUGAGAUCCAGCCACCCCCUCCCGCAGCAUCCGCCCCCUCCUCGGCCUCCAUGCCCAAGAUGAAGCCCACACCAAGUGUCCAGCUCCCUGUCGUCUCCAGGCCCGUCUUCACGGGCAAGGACAGCACUGAGCCCCUGAAAGGUUUCCACAAAGCAAUGGUAAAGACCAUGACUGCAGCUUUGAAGAUCCCCCACUUUGGUUAUAAAGAUGAAGUGGAUUUGACGAGGCUGGUGCAGUUGCGCAAGGAGCUGAAGGGCCUGUCAGAGGCUCGUGGUGUCAAGCUCAGCUACAUGCCCUUCUUCAUCAAGGCUGCUUCCCUGGGCCUUCUCCAUUUCCCUAUGCUCAACGCCUCGGUGGACGAGGCUGUUCAGAACAUCACCUACAAGGCAUCCCACAAUAUUGGUCUGGCCAUGGACACGAGCCAGGGCCUGCUGGUACCCAAUGUGAAGAAUGUGCAGUUGCUGAGUGUGUUUGAGAUCGCAGUGGAGCUCAACCGCAUGCAGACCCUGGGCGCCACGGGCCAGCUGGGCACGGCCGACCUCACAGGAGGCACCUUCACCCUCUCCAACAUUGGCUCGAUUGGAGGCACUUAUGCAAAGCCAGUAAUUCUGCCUCCUGAGGUGGCGAUUGGCGCUCUUGGAAAGAUCCAGGUCCUGCCAAGGUUUAACUCGAGGGACGAGGUGGUGAAAGCUCACGUCAUGAACGUCAGCUGGUCGGCAGACCACCGGAUCAUCGACGGGGCCACCAUGGCGCGGUUUUCCAACCUGUGGAGGGACUACUUGGAGAACCCGGCCUCUAUGGUCCUGGAUCUGAAAUGAGCAUGCGGUACCCUGGCCUGCGUCCCCUGGACGCAAGCCCAGCGACACAAAACCAACCCCCAUGAUGAUGUGAAGUUGGUCUACUGUACUCUGACUCUUUGGGUAGUCACUUUGACUGGGUGUUACUGGUCACCAUACUGCUCCUGGCCCCUUAGCCUUCCAAACCUUUCUUCCUCCGAACAUGGAUGGCUGCACACGCCAUGGACACCACAAGUUCCCUUACUACUCAACGUUGUGAAACUAAUCUCUAGUUGCUGGCUGUUUUUAUCUUUGUGUGUGGCCUUAGUUUGAUUGCUCUCUUCUGGUUGCCUUACUGACAUAGGAUGGGUAUGAACAGUAGCGCUUUCUCCUGAAGAGCAGAAUGUUGGAAAACAAACCUUUUUUUUUUUUAGUAAACCUGUUGUAUUUCUGAAAUACUGUAUAACCCUGUAAAAAUGUCUUUGCACCUUUUUGUUUUCUUACAGUCCCACACAUUCCCUCAUCAAUGCUCGAAAGCUAUUUUCAAGAGAAUGUGCGGUUUAGUGACUCCCUAUGGAAAGCACCAUUGUACAACAUGCGCUUGUUAGUGUUCAUAUCAGCUACAUUGCCUUCAGAAAGUAUUCAUACCCCUUCAUUUAUUCCACAUUUUGUUGUGUUACAGCCUGAAUUCAAAAUGGAUUAAAUUGAUGCAAUACCCUACUAUGACAAAGUGAAAACAGGUUUUUAGAAUGUUUUGUAAAUGUAUUAAAAAAGAAAUACAGAUCUAAUUUACAUAAGUAUUCACACCAUUGAGUCAAUACUUUGUAGCAAUCUUUUAGAAGGAAUUUCAGCUGUUAAUCUUUCUGGGUAAGUCUCUAAGAGCUUUCCACACCAGCAUUGUGCAACAUUUGCCCAUUAUACUUGUCAAAAUUCUCAAAUUGGUUGUUGAUUAAAGCUAGACAACCAUUUUCAAGUCUGGCCAUAGAUUUUCAAGUAGUUUUAAGUCAAAACUAACUUGACCACUCAGGAACAUUUACGGUCUUCGUGGUAGGCAACUCCAGUGUAGAUAUUGGCCUUGUGUUUUAGGUUAUUAUCCUGUGUGUGGUGGAAAGCAGACUGAACCAUGUUUUCCUCUAGUAUUUUGCCUGUGCUUAGAGCCAUUUUAUUUUUAUCCUGAAAAACUUCUGUCCUUAACAAUUACAAGCAUAAUAUGAUGCAGCCUCCACUAUGCUUGAAAAUAUGGAGAGUGGUACUCAGUAAUGUGUUGCAUUGGAUUUGCCCCAAACAUAACACUUUUGUAUUCAGGACAAAAAGUUAAAUACUUUGCCACAUCUUUUGCAGUCUUACUUUAGUGCCUUGUUGCAAACAGGAGGCAUGUUUUGAAAAUUAUUUAUUCGUACAGGCUUCCCUUUCACUCUGUCAAUUAGGUUAUUACUGUGGAGUAACUACAAUGUUGAUCCAUCUUCAGUUUUCUCUGGUCACAGCCAUUAAACUCUGUAACUGUUUUAAAGUCACCGUUGGGUUCAAGAUGAAAUUCCUGAGCGGUUUCCUUCCUCUCUGGCAACUGAGUUAGGAAGGACACCUGUAUCUUUGUAGUGACUGGGUGUAUUGAUACACCAUCAAAAGUGUAAUUAAUAACUUCAUGUUCAAAGGGAUAUUCAAUGUCUGCUUUUUGUUUUUACCCAUCCACCAACAUGAUAUUUGCACACAAUGAGUCCAUGUAACUUAUUAUGUGAAAAAGGGAGUUGAAUACUUAGACUCAAGAUAUUUCAGCUUUUCAAUUUUAAUUUGUAAAACACCUUUGACAUUAUGGGUGUGUAUUGUGUGUAGGCCAGUGAUAACAAUUCUCAAUUUUAUCAAUUUUAAAUUCAGGCUGUAACACAAAGAAAUGUGGAAAAAGUCCAGGGGUAUGAAUACUUUCUGAAGGCACUGUAUCUUGUCAGCAGCUACUGGAUAAAACACUCCAAUGGUUCCCCAAUUGUUAGUUUGAUCAAUUUGUGUUACAAAGUAGCUGCUUUUCUUGCUGUUUGAUGAUGUUUAAAAAAUAAAUAAAUAGGAAAAUAUUAAGUUAUGGGUGGAAGUGAACACUUAAGCUUUGUUCGAAUACCCAUACUAACAUACCGUAUACUACCUACUCAAUUUAUGUCACAAAGAGUGCGGUUAGUAUGAGUAUUCGAACAUAACCUUAGUGUAGGGUUUUGGGAAUGCGUACUGUGGUCUCUGUAUUUUAGGGAGAUUGUACUAUUUGAAGGUGUGUGAGAAAUGCCUGUCUGACUUAAUCACCGUUUCGGAUAUUGUGUGGAUCCUGAAAACAAGUUUUAAUAAAUUUGAGGUGUAAAGAUU